AUUUGCGUGUUUUUUAUGCAGACAUACAUAGAUGCGAAAUUCACAGUAAACUGCACUAGACAAAUACUCCAGUGCAAAAUAUAUGUGUGCACCUUUCACAUGCAUGGUGAUUUUCUAAACACUUUUCAAAAUAUGACUGAUGAGCAAUUGGCAAUGAAUAAAACAUGGACAGACGAGGAGCGUUUGGCUUUGGCCGCAAAAUUAGAUGAAGAGCUAGACGCAUUCAUCGACAGUUUGGAAAAGAAACGCUAUGAAGAAGGUUGGCCUGAAGAUCGUUGGCAAGAAGAAAUGGAUAAACAUCCAUUCUUCAUGAAGAAAGCUCCACAGCCUGGUGACGAAGUGCAUCCAAUGUUCGAAGGGCUGCAGAAAUUAAAAUACGACCCGGAAGAGAACACUGCUGAGGAGCUUGCUCUUAAUUAUAAAGAGGAUGGUAAUUUUUAUAUGAAACAUAAAAAGUUUCGCACUGCAAUAUAUAGCUUUACUGAGGGUUUAAAAGCUAAAUGUGAUAAACCGGAAGUGAAGUCAGUGCUGUAUAAUAAUCGUUCAGCAGCGCAUUUCUUUAUCAAGAAUUAUCGAUCAGCACUUAGUGAUGCUCAACGCGCUCUCGAAUACAAUCUUGAUUAUACAAAGGCUCGUUGGCGUGCCGCUCAAUGUGCCUUUUAUUUGAAAAAAUUAGAGUUGUGUUCCCAAUUGUGUGAAGAAAUGCUAGACCGAGACGAAAAUAACAAAGAAGCCAGAGAUUUGUUAAAGAAAAGUAAAACGAAAAAGUUGGAAAUUGAACGUGAUCUACGCAAAGAAGCUGCGGAAACAAAGAACCGUCUUGGGCGAUUACAACGCUUGUUUGAUGCGUUACAAUUACGAUCCAUUAAAUUCGAUGAUCAGAAGAAAAAUAUGCCCAUCACAGAAGAGUUGCUGCAUCCGAAAUUCUUACCUUUAGAAGAUCAUCCAGUGCAUUUAGACGAUGACAAUGAGACUCUAAUAUGGCCGGCAGCUUUUUCUUAUCCAGAAUUUUUAUUUAGCGAUUUUCAACAAGAACUGCCGGAGAAUGCAAUGAUGGAAGAUUGCGUAAACGCUUUAUUCAAGGAACCACUGCCAUGCGACAAAUCUACUAGAUAUCGUUCUGGUAAUAUAAACGUCUACUAUGAGAAUCGUAAAGUGGGUUGUGUGCAUAAAGUUGAUUUAAAUAAGACCAUUAACGAAAUUUUGAAUGAGAAGGGGUUCUUUGUCACUGGUGGUUCGCUGUUGUUUUAUAUUGUGCCGAAAAACUCACGGGUCGAACAAGAGUUCGUUAAUCAGCAGAGGAGACCAUUGAUAUAUGCGUAAAUUAAUUUACGUAUACGUCCAUAUCAAUACUUAGGCUAAAGAUUGUAUAUUUGUAUGUGUGUUCACGUGUUUAAAAAAAUGCUACGUACAUGGAUUAAACAUUUAUAUGAACCCCCCAAUUUUCAUAUUGCCCUUUCGAACUAAAAGAGGUAGAGUUUACGUGCGUUAGUGCAUAUUUAUUAUUACAACACCUUAUAUCGCUUAUACAUAACAAUUUGUGUUAGUAAAACUUUGAUUAAUGGUUUACAUUUAGGCUUACGGAUGCAAUCUAUUUUGUUUUGUAACUACACGCAGCCUAAAAUGCACUCUUUGUAUAGGUAUGUUGCACAUUGCGUAUAGAUUGGUAUUUGUACAUAUUUGUAGGUAUGUAUAUAACCUUUUUCUAUAACAAAAUCGCCGGAAAAUCAGCCAAAUGCCUUUACAAUACUUUGUAUGCUCUCUCGAAAAAAACGUGUAUAAAAAUAACCUUGAAUCGACUAUGUGGCAGGAAUAGGUAGGAUGUUUGUUUUGUCUAACUUUACAUGUAUGCAUUUGUGCUAUACCUAAGCGAAAUCCAGUUUAAGCAUGCUCGGCAAAAAUAUGUGGCACAUACUUUUGAAGCCAUUGAUCAAAAAGAUGCAAGGAAAAUAAUCACUAAUAUAACAAAACCAGUAAUAAAUUGUCGUUUGAUUUAAAUGAAAUAAUAAGAACUUAGAGAAAAUAAAUGAAAGUAUUACUGUAUCGGCUUAGUGAUCAAUAUAGCUUCAAUAGUAUGGUUUAUAAUAUCCUACUGGUAUAGAUACAAUUAUUUCCAAACAAAUUAAGUGUCAAGAAUUUCUAAAUUUGUAUAAUUAUGUACAUACUUUGGUUUUUCCUACUCGUAAAUUAAGAGCUAGAUAUUUUUGGAGAUUCGUUAAAAAAAUUAAAUAUAUUUUAAUACAAUAUCUAAUGUGAUUUUUGUGCCUAGUGUAUUCUGUCAAAAGAAAAUACAUUUUUAUGCAAAUGAGUAUAUUCCAUAACCCGCAUUAGUUUAAAUUUCUUUAAGAGAAAUUUUCUAAUAAAUAUUUCAAAUAUGUAUAAAAAAGCAUAUUUGUUAAGAACUUAGAGUUCAGUAACUAUACAAAUAUAAUUCUCAAAUGAAAAUACAAAAUAAAAAAAAAAACUAACGAGAUUCUUCAAAUAAUACAAUUCAUUUUUAUGGUUAGUUGUGAAACCUUUUUCUCGUUCUUUUUAUCAAAAGAAACUUUGUCAAAAAAAGAAUAGAAACUUUGUCAAAACAAAAACAAUAACGCAUAACAUUUAAACACUUUAAG